CUAGAUUUUCACCCCUCUUUUGCAGGUGAGGUCACCCCAAAACUGACCCAAACGGAGUUCGAGCUCCGGAGGCACCGGCUGAUGGGACUGGUGGCCUCCCAGUCCGCUCCCAGUGCUCCCAGUCCGCACGCGGUGGUGGUUUUGUCUCAUCCUACUCACACCAUGAGCAACGACAUCCCCUACCCCUUCCACCAGAACCCAGACCUGCUCUAUCUCUGCGGCUUCGCUGAGCCGGACAGCGCCCUGCUGUUAGUCUCGGGGUCCCCCUCGCCCCGGCACCGCUCCCUCCUCUUCGUACCCCCCCGGGACCCCGGCAGGGAGCUGUGGGACGGGCCCCGAUCGGGAACUGACGGAGCCGCAUCGCUUACUGGGGUUCAGGAGGCGUGCCCCACUGCGGAGCUGGGCAGAGUCCUGCAACAGCUGGCAGAAGAUGGCUGCACUCUGUGGUAUGACGAAGCCCACGUGACUCACCCCAAGUUGCACGAUCAGUUCUUGCGCCCCCUGCUGGAGGCCAGGGGGAGGAGCGGCAAUGGGCUGCAGGUUCGAUCCCCGAGGGCUCUCCUCCACAGCCUGAGAGCCGUCAAAUCAACCGCUGAGAUCGAGCUGAUGAAGGAAGCCGGGCGGAUUACAGCACAGGCUUUCAGGAAGACGAUGGGCGCUUGUGAAGGCCCGGUGGACGAGUCUUUCUUGUUUGCAAAGGUGAGGGAACAGUCUCCUGCCGGGGGGGCUAACUUCCUGGCCUACCUCCCUGUGGUUGCCGGGGGUAACCGAGCGAACACCCUGCAUUACGUCAACAAUAACCAGUUAAUAAAGGAUGGGGAGAUGGUUCUGUUGGACGGGGGCUGUGAGUAUUUUGGCUAUGUCAGUGACAUCACUCGAACCUGGCCUAUCAACGGCAGGUUCUCCUCUGUCCAGGCUGUCCUGUACCAGGCUGUCCUGGACGUGCAGAAGUCCUGCGUGGCGCUCUGUACCCCGGGAGUGAGUCUGGAGAACAUCUACAGCAGCAUGCAGAGGGGGAUCAGAGACAAGCUGAGAGAGCUGGGCAUUGUACAGGGGAGGGAGGACGAGUUGAGCAGGGCUGCGAGUAGGUACUGCCCUCACCAUGUGGGUCACUACUUGGGGAUGGACGUCCACGACACCCCCGAGGUGUCUCGAACCCGGAGCCUGCAGCCCGGCAUGGUCAUCACCAUUGAGCCAGGUAUCUAUAUCCCAGAGGAUGACCAGAGCGCUCCGCCACCCUACAGGGGUCUGGGGGUACGCAUUGAGGACAACGUGCUGAUAACAGAGGAGGGGGGACCCCUGAUACUGUCCGCAGACACCCCAAAAGAGAUUGCCGACAUCGAGAGAGUCUGUGCUGGAGGAGACUGAGAGAAGAGACGGGAGAGAGGGAGGGGAGAGACAAGAGGAGUGAUGGGGAGAGGGGA